GUCUUGGGUUUGUUUUACCGACGCACAGCAGAUUCGGCUUUUGUGGAGCUGGCGGUCGCGGCUUCUCCGGAGGAGCCACGAUUCGUCCGCCUGGGCCAGACUGGCUGCACCGCCAGUGUCUGGGCGACUCACUCAGAGCGGGGCCCUUUUGUUUUCCCUGCGCAGGCGGCCGGAGACCCCGGAGUGCUCUUGUGGUGGGAGGACAUCCAGGAGGGGGUCUGCGAGGCCAACCGGGAGAGCAAAGCGGCGCAGCAAAUGGCCCUGGGCCUUGCUGCCAUCAACCAGGCCAUCAAGGAGGGGAAUGCAGCGCAGACCGUGCGCGUCCUGCGCAGCCCGGACGUGGGCCUCUGUGGCGUGGUGGCGGAGUGUGCCGCAGCUUACCAGGCACAGUUCAGUGCCCUCCUGGCAGCACGAAGGCCGGCAGGGGGCCACUCGGAGGCGCUCUGGGUGCGGCACAGACUGAGGGACGGCUCCGAGUACUACUUCCACCUGCGGUCCUUUGAGGGCUCCUGGGAGCAGCCCCGGCCCCUCGCCCUCAACACGGCCCACCUCAGCCGAGAGGAGAUCCAGGGGGCCAUCACCCGCGUGUCUGCCACCCACGACCGGCAGCGCCUCUGGCAAUCCCGUGCCUGGCUGGUCGUCCGGCUGCAGGCCCGGAUGCGGGGCUUCCUCUUCCGCCAGCGCUGGGCCGCUCGGCAGCGGCUCCUGUCCCGGCAAGUGCCGGCAGCCACCCAAAUCCAGGCCGCCUGGCGUGGUCACCUGCAACGCAGACGCUACGCGGACAGGACGGGCUACUUGCGGAGGAACGCAGCCGCUGCGAUCAAAAUUCAGUCCUGGGUUCGGAUGUGGCUUGCCCGAAAACGGUACCUGGAACGCCUGCGCUACUUCAGGAAGAAC